CCGCGGGGUAGCUCGCACUUCCUGUCGGGUCCCUUCCGAACGCUUUGGGUGCGCAGCGGCUCCGUCCCCGCGGCAGGAUGUCAGCCAAUGUCCCUGGAAACACAAAUGUGCCUGCUGGCAGUAACCGUCGACUUCAGCAAACUCAACAUCAAGUAGAUGAGGUUGUUGACAUCAUGAGGGUGAAUGUGGACAAGGUGCUGGAAAGAGAUCAGAAGUUGUCGGAGUUGGAUGACCGUGCUGAUGCGCUGCAAGCGGGAGCUUCCCAGUUUGAGACCAGUGCAGCCAAGCUGAAAAGAAAGUAUUGGUGGAAGAACUGUAAGAUGUGGGCAAUAUUGAUAGCUGUUGUUGUCAUAAUCAUCAUCAUCAUUAUUGUUGUGAGCGUGUCCAAAUGAGUUACGGGAGGAACCCCUCACACCGAAGGUGCCUUUCCUCAGCCUUCCUGCUCCAAACCCGCUGCACUCUCAGCCCGUCUACUGCUGUUUAAAGCGAAACUCUUCUGAUGAUUGAAACGUUAACUUUACCUGGUUGCCUUAAGACACUCCUGUCAGUUACUAACAGCCACCGCCCGCCGCCCGUACAGUGCCUCGGUGAGCCGGAGCGCGGCGCCGGUGAGGAGGAUCGGAUCCUGGGGGCCGCGUUCGUCCUCAGUCCUCCUCACCCGCCCGCCGCGCCGCAGUGCCAUUGC